AUGGAUCUCAGGCCAUGCCAACGGAUCUUGACGAAGCCACCCCGCCCAUCAACUUCAUAUAUCUGCAAGAACUGCCGAUCAUGGUCCUCCGGCCCCAGAGCGGGACGAACAGCUGUUCCUUCUAAUUAUCAAACCGCUGCAAAACAGUCACAACUGAUGAAGUCGCUUCAAAGCACAGAGCCCGAGGAUUACUAUGUAACGGGCGAGCUCGCAAGGACUUUACAAAGCCUGGGAUUCCAGUCGAUUCUGAUGCCGGUCAAAGCACUUAGACGCCAUCGUGACGAGCUUUAUAAAACUAAGGUCUCCCCUAGCGCAGCGAUCAGGAACGCGUUAUCGAGCCAAAAAUGGCGUCAAAUCUAUGAAGAGGCACUGACUGUCGCUGAACUUCAUCUCCUGCGUGAUCCCAUGGUAAUGCGCCAGUUGUUUCAUGCCCUCGGCAGAGCCGAUGUUCAUCCGCAGAACUUGAAGAAAUACGGUUUCAUGGGACUCUAUUCGUUGCAGGCCGCUUUGGAAGCUGGAGAAACCGUGGCGGUCAUGGACGCUGCUAUGACGGAAAUACACUUCAGAGAUUCCCUGUCCAAACCUACCUUUGAACUCGUCAAAGAAAAGGCGUUCGCUAAAGUUGAUGAUUAUCGCGCAUUGACAGUUUACCUGUGGCACAUGGUGCAAAUGUCACAGACCAAGGCGGUCGCACGCGAAAACUAUCUUAUGGCCAAAGAAUUGUACAACAUGGUUGAACCUGGUGUGCACACAGAGAAGAUGACCCCCUUGCUGCAGAGUAUCCUGCCUCCCUGGCGAGUUCUGUUUCGUGCUGCAGACCACUACCUUUACCAUCUCGGAGAUGGUCCCAUCUCUGAUUCCGUGCAAGAGGAUCUCGACAUGGCUCUUCGUGAAGGCGUUUCCAAAUGGAACGACCCGCAAGCUGCCGAGUUGAUACUUGGUCAAAAAGACGAGGUCCAGAAAUAUUCUCAACAAUGGGUCACGCUAGCGACCCAGGCAGCAAUGGCGGGCAGCGGCAAAUCCUGCUUCGAGCUUGCAAUGUAUUUUUUGAGGAAAGACGGAUGGUAUCCGGCCGUCAAGCCGCAAUCGGCAACGAAAGAGAACAAGAGUUGGAUCGGAAUCGAAUGGCUAGCACUCAGCGCAGCUUUGUCAACCGACAAUACGAGAGAUAUGACGAUGAGAUAUGUAGGGCUGGCGCACUUGCUCUCUGAAAAUGGCCAUGCGGAUGAGGGUCACUCGUGGCUCGCUAUUGCCAAAGAGAACCUUGACGAUACUUACCUCGACCCAAGAGGUGAAAUGAUCGCCUAUGUGGAUGGAUUUUAUCAACACUGGUACGACAAGAGUCUUCUGCUUACUAAAGCCAAGGAUUUUCUUGAACCAGCCCGUGAAGAUCAGCAGCAUGCAACGAGAUGA